AUGCCUGCCGCUAUUCCCCCCAUCACCGGCAUGCUCCGCCGUGGUCUGGUUCUGGACCUGAGCACCGCUUUCGGUUUCGGUACCACCUUCGGCUACCUCUGGUGGUACGGCUUCCACCUUCCCCGCGUCCGUGAGCGCGACACCUACUAUGCUCGCCUUGAGCAGGAGCGCGCCGCUCAGCGCGACUAA